AUGCCUCCAAGCCCAGCCAAAGAAGCCCGAAUGGCUUGCAGCCCUGCAGAUGAAGCAUCCUUCAUCAAGCAGCAGAAAACUCUGCGAGAUCAGUGCUCAAGUAUCCUCGCAUGCCAUCUCAAAUUGGGUCCUGAUGUUGUGUGGACACCCGAAGACAGCUUCGGAAGGUACCCUACCACAAAGCAAGAAGAAGCUCAGCUCAAACUGGUCCUGGAUGUCGAAUACAACGAAAAAACCAGUGAAUGGGAAUUCCCUCCAGCCAACAACCGACUUUCAGACGAGCUAGUUUAUCUAGCGGUGAAGUUCAUGACCGCCCGCGAUCGGGCCCGACAAUAUUCCUAUGAUUUUGAUGCCAUGGGCCACAUUAAGCCUGAACGCGUAUCUUCAGGACCUGCUCCCAUCAUCUGGGCCCAUGGACUCCCUUUCUUCCCGGUAUACAAGGGGUAUUAUAUCCUUUGUGGACGCGCACACGCUGAUUGUAUCGGCUGGUUGCUCCAUGAAAAGAACAAAGAGAUCAUGCAAGCCAACCCGAUCUUGUCUGUUGGAGCUGUCAUAGCGCCUGAUUCUGCCGUGAUGAUUCCCCACACUAUCACUCGCCAGAUGACGCAGCAUCAGCCUCGUGGUUCUGAGAAUGAAUCGAAGUACAGGUGCAAGGCCUGGAAUCGUGAUGUUGUGGCUGCGGAGCAUCAUCUCUGCGCAGUUCUUCCGAACCUGGGUACCGACGAGAUUGAAGUCUGCAGACUGUGGAGAGCCUUGGGUUAUAACGUUUGUUGUGGACCUGUGAAGCGUGGUGUGAAGCCAACUACCAUCCCGAAGGAGUUCUUCACCAGCCAGGGUAUUAAAGAUGUCGACUACAAAUAUCUCGCCAGGCCAUACGGCAACCAUCUGUUGGAUGAGGAUGAUGAGCUAGAUGAGGAGACGGACUCAGAUGACGACAUGGAAGUUGAGGAACUCGCUGGAAAGAGUGGUGAAGUGGCUAGCAGUAGCAAUCAGCCCACCACGACUCAGCCUGUACCCCAAUUGGAUGUAAAUAUGGAGAUUGACAGCCCAGUUGAGGUGCCAGCGCAGGUCCCAGCGCAAGGUCCAGUGCAGGUCGCAGAGGAGAUCCAAAAAGAGGCCAUUGAGAAGGUCAUGGAAGAGGUGAAGAAAGAGGCCAAGAAAGAGGUCUCAAAAGACCCCGAAAUUACCCCCCCUGGCCUUGAGGAAAAACAACCCGCCACUUCCAGUAGCGUGGUGAACGCCGAGCUCGAUGUGGACAUGAAUAUCGACGAUCCGAUUGAAGAAUCCACUGAUAAGUCCAAAGAGCAGACUAGCACUACUACUAUCCCCUUUGCAGAGACUGCGAUCCAGGCUGCUACGACUGCUGAGCCUUCCGACGUGGAACUGAUGACUGAGGAUUCUGAAAUCGGACAGGCAGUGACCAAUACAUCUGCUGGCAACAUUCAGACCGUUGACCUGCUCGAGGUGGAGCAAAUCGCACCCGGCCAACCCUGUACUGGGUAG